CUCCGCAAGGAUAACAUCAGCUGCGGGCUCCGUCCUCGCGCCGCGUGGUGUGGAGGAUCUGGCCGGCCCUCCGCCGAGCCCCACCCGCCCACCCUCGCCUCCUCGACGCUCGGUGCCGUGCGCAUUCAGCACUCGAGCCAUCGACGACAGCCUCCUCUGCUCGGAAGCGAGGACGACGAGGAGCUGCAGCAGCACCCCGCCCAAGUGAGGAGAAAUGGCGUUGUGCAGUAAGGUCCACAGCUGUGCAGCAUUGCCCUCUCUGGGCUGCCCCGUGCCGCUUCCGGCUUCGAGCGCCGGAGCAGGAGUUCGUGGGGCUCGCACGAGCGCCAGGAGGGUCGUGGGCGUCCGCGCCCAAAACGAUGGGCACGAGCAAGAGCGGGAGCGCAAGGCUGCGGCGGGUGUGGACAGGAGGGAGGCGCUGGCGCUAGGCUUGGCGCUGGGAGCGAGCGCAUUGCUGCCGGCGAAUGCCGAUGCGGCGGAUCUGACGCAGAGGUUCCAGAGGGGCGAGUUCCUGGCGUCCGUCAAGGAGAAGCUGCGCGUGGCGGUCAAGGACAACCAGGCGCUGGUGCCGGACCUCAUGCGCCUGGCGCUGAACGACGCGCUGACCUUCGACAAGGAGACCAAAACCGGCGGAUCCAAUGGAUCCAUUCUCUUCGAGCUGGAGCGGCCUGAGAACCGCGGGCUCGAGGCCGCCGUGGCGCUGCUGGCCGGCGUGAAGAAGGACAUCGACGCCGCGUCCAAAGGGGGCCCGAUCUCGUGGGCCGAUCUGAUCCAGCUCGGGGCGCAGUCCGCCACCAAGCGCACCUUUAUCGACGCUGCCAUCCGCAAGUGCGGCGGCAAGGAGGACAAGGGCCUGCAGCUGUACCAGGCCUACGGAUCCAGCGGGCAGUGGGGUCAAUUCGACAAGCUGCUCGGCCGGUCGUCCGCUUCCGAGGCCGAUCCCAGCGGUCGCGUUCUCCUGUGGCAGGACGCCUCCGCUCAAGAGAUCAAGGACCGGUUCGCCCAAUUGGGAAUCAAGCCUCGGCAGAUCGCCGUGCUGUCUGCGUUUCUGGGGCCGAACCAGGCUGACAUCGAGGCCAAGCUCGUGGCCGAUCCCGACUUCACCCCGUGGGUGAAGAAGUAUCAGAUCAGCCGCGAGACCGUGUCCCAGACUGAUUACGAAGUAGAUCUCAUCACGAGCUUCACCAAGCUCAGUGUCCUCGGGCAAACCAUCAAUUAUGAAGCUUACUCGUACGUGGUGCCGAGGAAGCCCCUCAGGUUCUGAGAAUCAGUGUAGGUCGUUUGUAUAGUACUUGGAACCAAUUUUACGAGGGUGAAUUACCUUCGUUUGUUUCGAGUGUGUAAUUUAUAUCGGAAGCAAUGCCGUCGUCAUUCUGCAAUUCGAGUUCAAUUUUUUUCUGG